AUGAAGCAAUUCACUGCCCCCGCUGUCUCCAUCAGCCUCCCGCCAGGCUUCACCUUCUCUGAAUCGGCGCACUUUCAAGAGGGUGCGGUUCCCAACGUCAACGGUAAAUCCGCGUCCAACGGUACCAAUGGACACAGCACCAAGGGUACCAACGGUCACAACGGUGUUGCUGACCUGAAACCCCCGGUAUCCACCCUGGAAACCCCUGACUUGGAGGUCCUCCGCCAUUUUAAGGGAACAUUCAAAGGACUUGGUUUCAACACGAUCUUCCGCCCAAACAACACCAAGGCUGGUAUCAGUGAAUUGCACGUUCCGCCUCAAGGCAAAGAUGCUGGUGUUACGGACAAUAUCUUGCAGUUGAAUCUGACGGCAGAGACUCAGGUCUUUUCCACGCCUCUCUCCAGUGAUGGGAACGGAGCGGUACCCAACCGUGGCUUGGACGAUCAACAAGACAUCGGACUUGAUGGAAUCUCAUACGUGCAAACAAUCAUCGAUUUGACGGAGAUCAAGAAUGAAACCGGCCAGCCCGUCAUUCAUUUCGAGCCUGGUCUCUGGAUGCGCGUCCCCAAGACGGAGGACCCGGCCCUUCCUGCAUCUUACGCACGCAUGGGAUCUAUUCCUCAUGGGACUACAAUCAAUGCCCAGUGCUUUGAUGAAGCAGUCACCACAGAUGGGGCACCUACUAUCGGUAAAGUGAGCAUGAUCCCAUUUAUUAUCGGGACAGUCCAGGCAGGGAGCAACCUACAACACUUCGACAGCAUGAAAGCCAAGGACGAUGCCACGCACCGCCUCCCCCAGAAUCUGGACCUCUUCGUCAAAAACGGCAGCAUCACUCAGGCUAUGAUCGACAACCCUAACAUCAUCUUGGGUGAGGUCAAUGAGAAAAAGAAUAUCAUCAAAUCCACCACUUUCACUGUGUCGACUGAUUCAAAGGCCGGCGGGGGCACGAGCAACAUUGGUUUCCUGGUUGCUGGUAAGGGCACCACUAAUGGACCGCCCAGCAACGCGGAUGCAGUGAGCAUGAAGGCGACUUACUGGGUUUCGACUGUGAGAGCUGAGGUUGAACUCAAGUUGGGGCAGUCGGGGACUGUCUCACCGGCAGCCCAUGGCCAGCACGAUGGAGUCCCUACAUUCGUUGUGGAGGAGAAGAUCACUACGGGAAGAACCGUGACUGUCGAGUACACUCAGAUCCAGUACUCUCAGACUGUCAUGCUCAACUUUGCUGGCCUCUCUUGGCCUCACAUUAGCGUUGCCACUCUUGCUCCGACUGACAUCCCUCUCAAGGAUGCGAUUGUGCGUUAG